CCCAUUGUCAGAGGAAAGGAGGGUAGCUGCCAUUGAUGGGGCUGUCCAUUUGCUCUGAAGGAGGAGACCCUGCUGAUGCAUCUUUUUAAGAUACCUUCCAUUCUGAGCAUCAAAAAACAUCAUCUAAUAUUAUCCUAAGUUUAAACAAGAAAGAUGGAUUUGAGGUGAUUGUUCACUUGGUUCUGCUGCCCUGGAGUUGCUGCAGAGCAGACCCCUGGAAAGACAGAGCACAGGAAAAUAGUCCUGUGCUGCAAUACAGUGUUUCACACCUGCAUAACCAUCUAGGAGAUAUCUCAUCCAAGCAAAGAUCACAGGGCUCCUGAGAUGAUUUAAUCUGUGAUGGAAUGACUUCUGGGAAACGACUGGAGUACUUCAGCAAAGGGCACCCAGCAUCUCUGCCCUCACUGAUCCAUGACAAAGUCCGAAAUGAACCACACUUGGACAUAUAACCUGAGCUUUGGUGCACCUGCAGAUCCUGUUCAGCCAAGGGCUGGACUCUCACGAAGUGGGCACACAGUAGUGGCUGUUUUUCUUGGAUUAAUCUUGUUUUUUGGUUUCUUGAAUAACUUGAUUGUCCUCAUCCUCUUCUGCAAGUUUAAAACCCUUCGUAACCCAGUCAACAUGCUUCUCCUGAACAUCAGCAUCAGUGACAUGUUAGUGUGCAUCUCGGGCACUACCCUCAGUUUUGCAUCCAACAUCCGUGGCAAAUGGAUCGGAGGGGACCAUGCUUGUAGGUGGUAUGGCUUUGUCAAUUCCUGCUUUGGUGUCGUGUCCCUGGUCUCCCUGGCUGUGCUGUCCUACGAGCGCUACAGCACUCUCACCCUGUGCCACAAGCGCAGCCAUGAUUUCCGCAAGGCUCUGCUGGCAGUCGGUGGCUCCUGGAUUUAUUCCCUGGUCUGGACCCUGCCACCUCUGCUUGGCUGGAGCAGUUAUGGGGUAGAAGGUGCAGGCACAAGCUGUUCUGUACGCUGGUCCUCGGAGUCGGCCGAGUCCACAUCCUACAUCAUCUGUCUCUUCAUCUUCUGCUUGGCUGUCCCCGUGAUGGUCAUGGUGUACAGCUACGGGCGCCUCCUCUACGCGGUUAAACAGCCCUCAUUUCCCUUGCUGGCAACAGUCAUCAUCCACAAUAUGCAGAUACGUGUAUGGAUGAAGCUUCUGUAG